CUGACCAGGUGUUACCCAUGGACACGGAUGGGCAGGCAGGUGCGUCCAGUGCAAUGCCCGACACACUCUGGGGCCCCAGAGCUACCAACGUUCACGGAAUCUCGGAAGACCAGGAUUGGGACUUGGAAAGACCCGAGGACCAGGAAGAUGAGCUGAGGAGUCAGGACAUUUUAGCAGAAGAUAAAGAGGACUCCUACCUACUUCCUCCUGCAACCAAAAAAAGAAAAACAGAUACUAAGGGAACAGAGAGGAGGCCAGCUGUGGACGAAGAGGAGGUUCAGAAGAUGACAGUCCUGCUGGCUUCAUUCUCUGAGGAGCAGAUGGCCCGAUAUGAGCUGUGUCGACGGUCAGCUUUCCCCCAGGCACUCAUUACGACUCUGCUGCAGUCCAUCUCUGGCAGGCUGGUAUCUCAGAAGGUGGCCAUCGCCAUGGCGGGUAUGGCCAAGGUCUUUGUGGGGGAGGUAGUGGAAGAGGCCCUGGACGUGUGCAGGAGGUUAGGAGAAAUGCCCCCGCUCCAGCCCAAGCAUUUGCGCGAGGCUGCCCGGCGCCUCAGGUCCAAAGGCCUCAUCCUCAACACCAAGUACAAAAAGGUCAUGUUCUUCUAAGCACAUUGGGAACAGUGGAGGCUGGAGCUACAGUUGAGAGCACUGCAUGGGAAGAGUGGGAACAUGUUCUUGUAUAUUACGUAUUUUUUUUUUCAC